ACCACCUACAUCACCUGUCCUAUGGACUUGUCCACUCUCGGCAUCAAACUCCCCUUUCUUGUCAUGAUCAUCAAAAACCUCAAAAAAUACUUCACCUUCGAAGUCCAAGUCCUCGACGACAAAAACGUCAAACGACGAUUCCGUGCCAGCAACUACCAAAGCACCACCCGAGUUAAGCCCUUCAUCUGCACCAUGCCCAUGCGACUCGACGACGGGUGGAACCAAAUACAGUUCAACCUGUCGGACUUCACCAGACGUGCCUACGGGACUAAUUAUAUCGAGACUUUGAGGGUCCAGGUCACUCCUCUCCCCAUUCUAGAUCCAUGCAAACUGCCGCAUUCGACGAGUCUUUUUCUCCGAGAGGCUCUACUCCGAGGACGAACUCCCCGCAGAGUUCAAGUUGUAUCUCCCCGUCCAGAACAAGGCUCGUUCUUAACACACUAAUUCACUAUUAACGCUAAUAUGUUCGGGUUAU